GGGGGGAGGGGGCCGCGCGGCGGCGGCGCCAGGGCGGGCGCGCGUCCGCGGCGGUGAUGGCGGUGCGUGAACGCGCGGUGGCAGCAAUGGCCGCUCUGGAGCGGCGAGUGCCGAGUCUCGAUGACUUCGCGGGACAGAGCUGGAGCUCGUGGGUGGAGCGGGCCGACCUGCCUGCGGCAGACGAAACUGAGGUACAAGGGCAACCCCUGGACAAAGCCCCCCUAAGAAGGGGAGGGGCUUGCGUAGCUGAUCAAGGAGACUUUGAAGAUGCCAAAGGGUCCAAAGACAACAGUUUUUCUACUCUAUGGCCAUCCUAUCAGUGCAGGACCUGAGAAGCUGAGUGUAACUUUGAUGAUACUAUGGGGCUGAACUAGAGGAGAACAGCAAAAACACGAAGAAACUUGACGCCAUGACCCUCAUUAAAGAAGACAUGUCCAUCUUCGGGCACUGCCCUGCCCAUGAUGACUUCUAUUUGGUUGUAUGUAACCACUGCAGCCAGGUGGUGAAGCCCCAAGCCUUCCAGAAGCAUUGCGAAAGAAGACAUGGGCCCCUCAGCAAGCUUUAUGCCCGGGCCCCACCCCCACCUCCAGCCCCUGCCAGCUCUCAAAAAUGCCAUGUAGUGAAUGGGCAGGGCCCAGCUUGUAGAGCCCCAGGUUCCACCAAAACCUCCUCCAGGGAGAAGGGCCAGGGGUCCCGGAGCCGUGGCCAUCAGCCUCCUGAGAAGACCCAGAAGGACAGCCUCUGCCUUUUCGUGCCUGUGGUGAAUCUGGAGAAGAUAUCCAGUCUCCCGAAACCUGAUGCACAUGGAGUCAGGGUGGCCCCACCCUCUGCUCUCCUCAGUCAGCCAGGAGGCCUCCCCAAGGACUCCCCUGGAAAAGUCCCCACGGCCCCCUCUCCUAAAGAACCUCCUGGCAGAGAGAACAUCGAGCUUGUCCCCGGUGAGGGCUCCAGUCACCGCGCCGAAGGCAGCCCCCCGGAGAAGGAGGCCAGUGGAGCCAGGCUUCCUCCUAAAACCCACCGAAAGAUGGCUCGGAAGGAGUUCGACCUCAACAGGCAGUGCGGGGUCAUAAAUCCAGAGACCAAGAAGAUCUGUACACGCCUAUUGACUUGCAAGAUCCACUCAGUGCACCAGCGCAGGGAGGUCCCAGGCAGGGCCAAGGACUUUGAUGUGCUAGUGGCCGAACUGAAGGCCAGCUCCCGAAAAGGAGAGUCUCCCAAGGAGAAGAGCCCAGCACACAAAGAGCCAGCUCUGGAGCGCCCAUCCCAGGAGCCUCCCACUGCAGUCCAGGGUGUGGCAGCGGUAGCUGCCCCCAACACCACCUUCUCUUCUCUGUCUAAGCAGACCUAUCCGUACUGUGCACUCCCCAGGUCCCAUGCCUCCUCUGAGAGUGAGGUGGAUGACGAAGGUCCCUGUGGUGGUGAUGGGGAUCCAGGCCUAUUCCCCUUCCCUCUGCCCCGGGGUGGGGCCCAGGCCUCCAGUGAGGAGAGUGAGGAGGAGGGGAUAUCUGAUGACCUCCACCUUUCCCCUGACUGCCAUUACGCAACUCGGCCCCCCAGGCCACAGGCGUUUUGCACAUUUGGAAGCCGGCUGGUGAGCCCAGGAUGCUAUGUGUUUAGCCGCCGGCUGGACCGGUUUUGCUCAGCACUCAGCUCCAUGCUGGAACGGCAUCUCAGCUCACACAUGUGGAAGAAAAUCCCACCAGCAGCCGAGCCUCCAUCCCAUCUUGUCAGUCCAUCUUUAUCUGAUCCCUUGAGUCCAUCCCCUAUGGGCAGCUGUCCCCGACUUCCAGGUCCAGCCCCCCGACCUGCCUGUCCAGCCUCCAUACCCCCCGUCAAGGACAGCCUUGUCCCUAGCUAUCCUGCAGGCUCCCCCAGUGUAGCAGCUGCCUGCAGCCAGGCAGAGUGCAUGGGCGGUAGCCAGGCUAUUACCUCACCGCUGCCUGCCAACACUCCAUCUCCGUCCUUCAGCAAGCUGCCACCUUCCAAGGCCAGCAAGUCAUCCAAAGGCAAGGAGGGGGUGGAGAUGGAGGCCCCUUCUCGAAAGCGGAAGUUAUCCCCUGGCCCCACCACCUUCAAACGGACCUGCAUCCUGGAGCCUGCUGGAAAGGGCAAACCCUCUAGCUGUCGGGGUCUCUCAACCAAGACUAAAACAGCCCUGAACUUGGGGCUUAAUGGAACAGUGGGGCCACGAGUGAAACGGGCCGGUCCCCUGGACUGUCGGGGUUCCCCUCAUCCAUCCCCCAUACCCGUCAAGGCUUCUCAGCUAGAAAACCGAGGAGUGGCCGGACACCCAGCUAAGGUCCUGCCAACCACCUGCCUCUCCGAGGAGGAGGUAGCCAAGAAGCGGAAAAACCUGGCCACUUACUGCCGGCCAGUCAAGGCCAAGCACUGUCAGGCUGGUGUCCCUCCUGAUGGGACCUGCUCUGUGCGUCGCAAGAAGCCAGGUCCAGCCCUGCCCUUUGAGGAGAAGUGCUCUACACUGAAGUCAAAAGCUCAUUAACGAGAAAGUGCCUGCCCACUGCAACGGAGCCGCCAGCACCUCCUCCCCUCCAGAUCUGGGCCCCAGGCUGCUGCCGCUUUUUAUAACUUUAUAUUAUUUUUUUUAAGAAAAAAAAAAAACUCUUUAAAAUACCUCAA